AUGGCACAAUUUUCCUUUGAUGAAAUAAAAAUUGUUGCCGAUAUAAUGGAUGAUAUGGAUAUUAUAAAAUCUAUGAUUAAUACAAAAUACCACGACAAUGCCUUUUAUAUUGCGGACAUUGGUGAAGUCAUAAAAAAACAUGAAGAAUGGCUUGUCAAGCUACCCAGAGUUAUUCCACACUUUGCAAUUAAAGCUAAUCCGAAUCCAACAGUAAUUAAAGUUCUGGCAGCUUUGAAUGCCUGUUUUGAUUGUGCAUCCGCGCAAGAAAUAAAACAAGUAAUGCAAUACGGAGUGCAAGGUGAUCGGAUUAUUUUCGCGCAUCCGACUAAGUAUUCCUCUCACAUAGAAUAUGCUAGGGAAGUGGGCGUCAAACAAAUGACGGUCGAUAGUGAAAGUGAGCUAUUCAAGAUCAAGGAUAUCUUUCCUGAAGCUGAGAUCGUCAUACGUAUACGCUGUGACUCGAACAUCACGCCGGUAGUAUUGGGAGAAAAAUUCGGCACCGAACCGGACGAGGAAACUGUGCAUUUGAUACAGCUCACGAAAGAUCUCGGUCUGAAUUUGCACGGAUUUAGCUUCCAUGUCGGUAGUCCAUGCGAGGAGUUCGAGGCUUACGCCAGAGGGAUCGCAUUGUGCAAACAAUUAGUUACUGUUUCCAAGGCAAUCGGUUGCGACAAGGUGCAGUUGAUCGACAUCGGUGGUGGAUUUCCGGGCGAGAGAGGAACGGAUAUUGACCAGUUCGCCAGUAUCAUUAAUGAUGCGAUCAAGGAUGUCGAUCCUAAGAUAAAAUUUAUCAGUGAGCCGGGAAGAUAUUACGUAACUUCCGGCUUCACAUUAACCUCAUAUUUGCAUUCCAAGAGAAUCGUUCCGAAGAAUGGAGAAAUGAUGAGAAUGUAUUACAUAAAUUGCGGAGUGUACAAUUCCUUCUUCGAUGAAAUGAUGGGUUUUCAGUCUAGAUGCCCACAAUUACUUUCCGAGCUAACAAACGAAGAGAAAUUUCUUUCAAAUAUAUGGGGACCGACUGCCGAUUCGUUUGAUUUAAUUGUCAAAAAUAUAAUGUUGCCUGAGCUUGAAAUAGGUGAAUGGUUAAUUUGGAAGAAUAUGGGUUCUUAUUCUUUAAGCACAGCCUGUAUGUUCAACGGAUACCCGAUUCCAAUUGUGAUUCCAUUUAUCAGGAAGAGUCAAUGGGAGGAUUUUAAAGCGCAAAUUGACUCGAAGUAAAAGUCUAUUUUCUAAAACCAAC